ACGCAACGUCAAAACAAUGAGUUCAUAUUAGCGAUUGAUUUGUCACUACUAUAUGCAUAGCUUUACUCAUAAUGACAGAAUCGUGAAGAGUAACGCGUCUUUUGGAGUUUAAAGGCUUGACAGACCUCGGGACACAUUGAAAUUUUGCUAGCUAUGGUAACAUCUGCCAGAAGAACUGUCUUAGAAGUUAGUUUGUUUUUUGCUAGAAUAUCGUAUUUUAACGAUACAAUAACGGGAUCCACAAUAACGAGUAGUUCCGCUAAUUCACUUUCGAACGAAACCGCAGGCAUUCAAGAAGAAAAGGGAAAGGACGUAGAAGGACUUAUAAUUAUUUUCACCCAGUUGUUUCUACGUGUUUGUAAUAAUUAGUGACAAAAGAGAUCAAAUCUUUCCGUAACCAAUUGAUGACGCCUGUUUAAUGGCGAUUUGUGAAAACGCACGAUGAUCUUUUAUAUUUAUUAGCAACAGUAGCCAUUUCAUCGGUUAUUAUUCGAUAUUAUGGCAUUAUACGACUAGGAAAAAUCGAAAAUAUCUUCAUGUUUGAAAAAUUAGAUGAAGUUUAAGGACGCAGAUCUACUAAAGUAUGGUGAGUUUUAUAACGUUAAUUACUAUGUUCGUCGUACUUAUCAAACAUACGGGACGAACUACCGUUACUUCGUAUAUUCAAGCGCCUUCUCAAGGAGUGUGAUAUCUCUUGUAUGGAAACACAUAUCCGCGGAAAAAAAUUUGAAGUCACGGAUUUAACGUAAAGUAAAAGGUCUACUCAUAUCCUAUAGGAAAUGCAGGAAGUAAAAGUUCAUAACAUGGAUACCAACAUUUUUUACCGUGUCGAGACAAUGCAUGAUUACAUUAUGUGUAAAUAUUGUACGUUAAACAUUGUCAUUUAAUAUGUUGGCUAACCCAAUUAUUAAUUUAUUAACUUCGAUAUCUAGUGGCUCCAGUAUGUUAACUAAGCUUUAAUAUAUAAUCCUACUAGUAGGAUUACUAGCAAAAUUUAAAUAAGGCACUAUUACUUUUUUGACUCAGCAUAAAAAACCCAGCCAAUGUUACUCGAAGCUCAAAAGAUAAGAAAAUAUUUCUAUUCAGUGUCAAACUACACUGUCAUCUGCUAAAUAUGAAAUACCAAGCUAAACUCUGUUAUGUUAAUUGAUGUUGACAAACAAAUACCAACUUAUCCUGACUUCAUCGGACGUGCAAUGUUGUAUCCACAAGCAAAUAUGCUCUAAACGUUUCAGCUAAUACCGAAAUUGUUAUACUGUAUCGCGCGUCUUGUGACAAAAAUGUCAGAUAGCGACGAUGAGAUUCAAUUUGUGCACAAACAGAAAAUCGUCCAUUACGGAAGUUUAGAGGAAGAAGAACGCCGGCGACUUGAAGCCCAACCUCAAAAUGACUCUGAAUCCGGCGGUUCCGAUGGCAGUGGAGACCAAGAUGGCUCCGAUGGUCCAUCAGGCGGAGGCCCGGGAAGCCCAUCCGAGUAUAUGGCACUUGAAGAGGAGCGGAUGUCCCGAGAGAAACAGCUUUUACUCGAAGAGCUUGAGCGAAAGAAGAGGGCGCGGAAACUGAAUGUCCCUACCGAUGACGGCCAGGUGAAAAAUAUUCUCAGAGAAAUCGGACAUCCAAUUUGCCUUUUCGGGGAAGGACCAGCAGACCGAAGAGAACGUCUUCGAAAUAUUCUCGCUAAGGACGAAACCGUUACCGCACUACGACUUCGUCCAACUGAAGAGGAAGAGCAAGAAGCAAAAGGUGAUGAGACAACAUGGUACCACGAAGGACCUGACGAACUGAAGGCCGCAAGGGAGUGGCUUGUAAGGUAUUCUCUUCCCCGAGCCAAAGCAAGAUUGGAGCGCGAACGAAACACAGGUAAACAAACGGACCCACAGCGUACAGCAGCAAAGCAAAAACUAUUUCAGCGACUUAGAGGGGUGACGAUUGCGGCCUCUCAAGUUGGCGACGAACGACCGCUUUCGUGGUGUGAAUGGUCUCCAGACGAAAGUCUCAUCGCGACGGCUUCCUGGAGUAGUCUCUGCAGGAUCUGGGACACGGGAAAUUUACAACAGGUGAAGGUGCUGCGCGGUCACGAAGGCCAGACAGGGUGUGUGACUUUUCACCCGGGAGCCACACGGUUACAGAAGACGACUGAGCUUAACUUGGCUUCCUGUUCUACCGAUGGAACAAUAUGCUUGUGGAGCCUUCAAAGCGAUACGCCGACGGAGACGAUACGUGACAUGGCCCCACACCGGGUUUCUCGAGUGGCGUUUCACCCCUCUGGCCGAUUUCUUGCAUGCUGCGUGUACGAUAACACGUGGCGUCUAAUUGAUCUUCAUCACAAAAUGGAAAUCCUCUACCAAGACGGACAUUCGAAGCCGGUGCAUGAUAUCGCUUUUCAUCCAGACGGUUCUCUUGCCGCUACAGCUGGCCGCGACGCGUUCGGACGACUGUGGGACCUGCGCACUGGCCGAUGUAUUAUGUUCCUUGAAGGGCACCUUAGAGAUUUGUUAUGCGUUGACUUUGCACCCAAUGGGUAUCAGUUGGCUACUGGCGGACAGGAUAACAGCGUCAAAAUAUGGGACAUUCGCCAUCGAAAGUGCGAGUACACAAUACCCGCACACACGAAUAUUGUUUCGAAAAUUAAAUUCGACAAGUCGAGCGGCCAAUUUCUCGUGAGUGCCUCCUAUGACAAUACUCUCAAGUUUUGGGCGGCUCCUGAUUGGACUCCUAUACACAAGUUGAGCGGCCAUGAUGGAAAAGUUAUGGGCUGCGAUGUGGACGCUAAGGGUGAAGCCAUACUCUCGUGUUCCUUCGACCGAACCUUCAAACUCUGGCAACACGAUGACCUGCUAUCAUUUUUCUAAUGAUUAGUACAUUGUGUAGAUGCGCUAGGCGAACUCUACAAAAAUAUUUUCGUAUUAUGUGUGAUUGUACCUAAACAAUAAAUGGAAAAAAUCGGGAACAUGUUCAGCAUUUUUCGAUCAAACUUUGUCGCCAGAUGGUCUCACUGGGGCUUGGUAACCCGCAUAGGUAGUCGUCUCAAGAAUGACUCAGUUUAAGCAGCGCCCUUGAUUCAUGAAUAGUUAAAAUAAGUGAAGAGAAAACCUGACAUAGAUAAGGAGUCUUGUUCAAUAUACUCCACAAGGGGAGCCUCGUUCGACAUACUCCAUAAGGCAAGUAGGUCACAGUAAAAAGAUUAGAUUUUUAGACUAGAAAACCCACUAAAAAGGGUUUUCGCAAAGAUAAAACCCACAAGGGGCGUGCCUGAUAAUUCACCUAUUUGCUUUCUUCUUCGGUAACCACUAAGUGUCUAUGACAGUUACCAAAAAUAUACCCCAUUUCUAUACUUGAAAAGGACCUAUGUAUUAAAUUUACAAACGUUAAUUUUACACAAACUAAAUAGCUUAUGAAUAAAUUAUAAAUAAUGGUAUAUAGAUAAGCAUAUAAGUAAACCUGAUAAGUAUUGCUUGAUAUGCUCUUCGUAAAUUAUAUGUAGUUUACUCAUGUUGUUUGAAAAAUCUUUAGGAGAGAUCAUACUGCCUCGAGAUUCAACCGGUCCAAAACAGAAAAGUUUCCAUAGAACAGGGUAGAUUCUGUAUUGUGAUACAACCCAUUACAUUGUUGUAUUGUUGGCGGUAUCACUGUCAUCGAAGCACUAUGAUCCCAACGGUAGUCGGACCAAUUUGUGGAUAAUUAGCGCAGUAGUAAGACACAGAUUUGAUGUAUAAGUUUAGUUAAACAUUCUUCCCUCGCGUUCGUGCUACCAUUCGAUUCUAACCCUAGUCACCAUAGAUAUUACGUUCUCAUCAUCACCAUCGAAUUUAAAUCUUGAAUGAUCUUUAGCCCUCAGCAGUUCUUUUCAUUAUCAUAAUCCGACAUUAAUGUUGCUGCUUUUUACCACUACUACUAUAUUAUUAUACUAGAAUAAUAAACGUAAAUAGCGAUAGAUAUUGUUGGGUGGAUAGUAUAUGUCACAACGUUAAGGAGAAUAUAGGUAGUCUCCGAUUCUCUCACGCGCACACAAUUGGGGGUAUGCGGCAGUAAUAAUAAUAGUAAUAACAAUAAUAGCUCGGAGCUGGUGUCCAUAUGUGAACCCAGCUCGGCGAUUUUCGCUGACUGCUGAGCUGUUUAUGGCUAUGUUCACGAAUAUUAAUUUCUUAUGAUUUUUGUUGUCGUAUUCAUGCAAUUUUUAACUUGUCUGUGUGUAAAUUGUCCUGAUAUAGCGAGGACCAACACUAGGAUGUCUGAUCCGCAAUGGCAAUUUAGAUCGUCAUUGUUUCUUUUAUAAAAAUACAGUUUUGUUUGGUAGAAGAGUUAGUUAUUCAUUAUUUUUGCCACCCUUCUUCUGUUUCUGGAUCUUUGCACAUACUGGAUCUCUUUACUGUGGUGGUGCCUAAUACGUCCGAAAUGAAUACGUCUCGAUCUGUGGGCAUGUAAAUAUUUGUGGUCAUUCUGUAUGAGUAGGUCACAUACGAGGAAUGGACUUCAGAGCUCCUGGGUUUGUUAGUCACGGUGGGACGUGGGCUGGCGCAUGGUGGGGUCGUGAGAGGCAAACUUUUUUAAUACGUCAGUAUCGUUAGAAAUGUAUGCAAGAGUAGUAUUAAUCAAAUUCCCUCUCGCUUUUAGUAGUAUGAAGUUUGUGCAACUCACUGAUCAACUUACAGAGUAAUCCGCUCUCCGAAUUCAGUAUCUUGAUAGUGGCGAAUAGA